GCUCUAACCAUGGAAUAUUGGGAUUGUCCCAUUCUAUGAAGGAGGUUUGCCGGUCGCAACAGGAAUAUUCAUGAACAUGGAGGGGUUGGUCAUGUUCCAGGAUCUGUUUAUAGACUUCUCUCAGGAGGAAUGGGAGUGCCUGGACGCUGCUCAGAAGGACUUAUACAGAGAUGUAAUGAUGGAGAACUACAGCAGCCUGGUCUCACUAGGUCUGUGUAUCCCAAAGCCUGAUGUGAUUUCCUUACUGGAGCAAGGGAAAGAGCCCUGGAUGGUUUCAAGGGACGUGCUGGGAGGAUGGUGCCCAGACUCGGAGUUUAGAUGUAAGACCAAAGAUUCAUGUUUGCCAAAAGAAAUCUAUGAAGUAACAUCAUCUCAGUGGGUGAGAAUGGAAAAAUGUCACAGCCUUGUGGGCUCCAGUGUCAGAGAUGACUGGGAAUGCAAAGGCCAGUUUCAGCACCAAGAUAUAAAUCAGGAACGAUAUUUGGAAAAAGCAAUAAUGACUUACGAGAAAACGCCAACUUUCUGCCUACAGACAUCUCUCACUCUGCAUCAUCAGAUUAAUCCUGGAGAGAAACUGUAUAAAUCCAUAGAAUGUAUGGCUUUUAAGAAUGGCUCAGAACUUACACAACAGCAAGAAACCCAUACUGGUGAAAAACUCUAUAAAUGUAAGGAGUGUGGGAAGGCCUUUUGUCAUUUUUCCUAUUUUGUUAAACAUCAGAGAAUUCAUACUGGGGAAAAGCCCUAUGCAUGUAAAGAAUAUGGAAAAGCUUUUAUUUCUGGCUCACAUCUUAUUCAACACCAGAAAAUAUAUAUAGAUGAGAGACCUCAUGAGUGUCAGGAAUCUGUGAAGGCCUUUAGACCAUCUAUGCACCUUAUUCAACAUCGGAGAAUUCAUACUAGUGACAAACCUUAUGAAUGUAAAGAAUGUGGGAAAUCUUUUACUUCUGGCUCAACACUAAAUCAACAUCAGCAGAUUCACACUGGUGAGAAACCCUAUCAUUGUAAGCAAUGUGGAAAAUCUUUUACUGUUGGCUCAACACUAAUUCGACACCAGCGAAUUCACACUGGUGAGAAACCAUAUGAUUGUAAGGAAUGUGGAAAAUCUUUUGCUUCAGGCUCAGCACUAAUUCGACAUCAGCGAAUUCACACUGGUGAGAAACCCUAUGACUGUAAGGAAUGUGGAAAAUCUUUUACUUUUCACUCAGCACUAAUUCGACAUCAGCGAAUUCACACUGGUGAGAAACCCUAUGAUUGUAAGGAAUGCGGAAAAUCUUUUACUUUUCACUCAGGGUUAAUUGGACACCAGGUAAUUCACACUGGUGAGAAACCUUAUGAUUGUAAAGAAUGUGGGAAAUCUUUUACUGCUGGCUCAACACUAAUUCAACAUCAGCGAAUUCACACUGGUGAGAAACCCUAUGAUUGUAAAGAAUGUGCAGCACUACUUCAACAUCAGCGAAUUCACACUGGUGAGAAACCCUAUUGUUGUAAGGAAUGUGGAAAAUCUUUUACUUUUCGCUCAACACGCAAUCGACACCAGCGAAUUCACACUGGUGAGAAACCCUAUGAUUGUAAAGAAUGUGGAAAAUCUUUUGCUUCUGGCUCAGCACUACUUCAACAUCAGCGAAUUCACACUGGUGAGAAACCCUAUCAUUGUAAGGAAUGUGGAAAAUCUUUUACUUUUCGCUCAGGGCUAAUUGGACAUCAGGCAGUUCACACUGGUGAGAAACCCUAUGAUUGUAAAGAAUGUGGAAAAUCUUUUACUUCUCGCUCAGCACUAAUUCAACAUCAGCGAAUUCACACUGGUGAGAAACCCUAUCACUGUAAGGAAUGUGGAAAAUCUUUUACUGUUGGCUCAACAUUAAUUCAACAUCAGCAAAUUCACACUGGUGAGAAACCCUAUGAUUGUAAGGAAUGUGGGAAGGCCUUUAGACUUCGUUUACGACUUACUCAACAUCAACAAAUCCAUACUGGUGAGAAACCGUAUCAAUGUCAGGAAUGUGGGAAAGCCUUUAUCAGUGUCUCAGGACUCACCCAACAUCACAGAAUUCACACUGGUGAGAAACCCUAUGAAUGUCCGGAAUGUGGAAAGGCCUUUAGACAGCGUACAUACCUUAAUCAACAUCAGAGAAUUCAUACUGGUGAGAAACCUUAUGAAUGUAAAGAAUGUGGGAAAUCUUUUACUUUCUGCUCAGGACUAAUUCAACAUCAGCAAAAUCACACUGGUGAGAAACCCUGUGAUUGUAAGGAAAGUGGGAAAUCUUUUACUUCUCACUCAACACUAAUUCAACAUCAGCAAAUUCACACUGGUGAGAAACCCUAUGAUUGUAAGGAAUGUGGAAAAUCUUUUACUUCUCACUCAACACUAAUUCAACAUCAGCAAAUACACACUUGUGAGAAGCUCUAUGAUUGUAAGGAAUGUGGGAAAUCUUUUGCUUCUCAUUCAACACUAAUUCAACAUCAGCGAAUUCACACUGGUGAGAAACCCUAUCAUUGUAAGGAAUGUGGGAAAUCUUUUACUCUCCGCUCAGCACUAAUUCAACAUCGGCCAAUUCACACUGGUGAGAAACGCUACAGUUGUAAAGAAUGUGGGAAAUCUUUUACUUGUCACUCAACACUAAUUGAACAUCAGCGAAUUCACACUGGUGAGAAACCCUAUCAUUGUAAGGAAUGUGGAAAAUCUUUUACUUUUCGCUCAGCAAUAAUUCAGCAUCAGCGAAUUCACACUGGUGAGAAACCCUACGAUUGUAAGGAAUGUGGGAAGGCCUUUAGACGUCGUUCAAAACUUACUCAACAUCAACGAAUCCAUACUGGUGAGAAACCUUAUCAAUGUCAUGAAUGUGGGAAAGCCUUUGUCCGUUUCUCAGGACUCACAAAACAUCACAGUAUUCACACUGGCGAGAAACCCUAUGAAUGUAAGACAUGUGGGAAGUCCUUCAGACAGCGUACACACCUUACUCUACAUCAGAGAAUUCAUACCGGUGACAGACCUUAUGAAUGUAAAGAAUGUGGGAAGUCUUUUACUUGCGGCUCAGAACUAAUUCGACAUCAGCGAACUCACACUGGUGAGAAACCUUAUGAUUGUAAGGAAUGUGGGAAGGCCUUUAGAUGUCCUUCACAACUUAGUCAACAUAAACGAAUCCAUACUGGUGAGAGAACUUAUCAAUGUCCAGAAUGUGGGAAAGCCUUUUUCUAUGCCUCAGGACUCAGCCGACAUCAGAGUAUUCACACUGGCGAGAAACCCUAUGAAUGUAAGACAUGUGGGAAGGCCUUUAGACAACUUACACAGCUUACUCGACAUCGGAGAAUUCAUGACCUAACAUAAUUAACGUAGGAAACCGUUCUCAUGCCAUUUGUCAUGGAUCAUCAGCAGAUUCCAUAUGUGGGUCAAAUACAAUGGAUGUGGGAAUUCCUUUUACUUCAUAUUCACUUUUUCCAGAAUUAGGACCUUUUUUUUUUUUUUUUUUGAGACGGAGUCUCGCUGUCGCCCAGGCUGGAGUGCAGUGGCACUAUAUUGGCUCACUACAAGCUCCGCCUCCUGGGUUCAUGCCAUUCUCCUGCCUCAGCCUCCCAAGUAGCUGGGACUACAGGCAUCUGCCACCAUGCCCAGCUAAUUUUUUUGUUUUUCUAUUUUUAGUAGAGACAGAGUUUCACUGUGUUAGCCAGGAUGGUCUCGAUCUCCUGACCUCGUGAUCCACCCAACAAAAUUAGGACAUUUAAUACUAAAAGAAAUUGAUAAUGAGUGUAGAUGAGUUUUCUAUCAUGAUUCAAAGCUUGUUGAAGUUAUACAAAUUCAUAUUAGAGAAUGUGGUCAAUGACAAAAGACAACCAUUUACCACCUAUGUGACAUUAGGCUAAUUAUGUAAAUUCUCUGUGCCAAAAUUACUAAUUGGUAAAAUGUUGAUGGUAAUAGUUGUUUUUGUCUUUUGUUUUGUUUUGAGACAGAGUCUUGCUCUGUUGCCCAGGCUGGAGUGCAGUGGCGCUAUCUUGGCUCACUGCAACCUCUGCCUCCCAGGUCCAAGUUAUUCUCCUGCCUCAGCCUCCUGAGUAGCUGAGAUUACAGGCAUGCGCCAGCAUGCUGGGCUAAUUUUUGUAUUUUUAGUAGAGACGGGGUUUUAUUGUGUUGGUCAGGGUGGUCUCAAGCUCCUGACCUUGUGAUCCCCCCGCCUCAGCCUCCUAAAGUGCUGGGAUUACAGGCGUGAGCCACUGUGCCUGGCUAGUAAUAGUUUUUUU